AUGGACAGCAUAAGCCGGUUAUAUAUCACCGAUAUUAAACUACGGAACAUACUGAGUCGGGGAGACCACCCCUCAGUCCUGUUUUCCGAUAUACCAACGGUGGACUCAUUACUUCGACAGGUUGAUCAACUUCAGGAAGCAGUUGACGGCGAUAUCCUAGAGAGACUUGAAGAGGAAAAUGCUUUAUUAGAACAAUGUAUUAAAUGCGGAAGACAAAAAUUGGUCUCUCUUGCUAGCAUCCUUCGAGAGGCCUUUGAAAGCUAUGUGGUUUUGAAUGCAUAUCUUGAGAAUCUACAAAAGGAAGAGCGUGCAAUUAGCGAGGAAUGGGCGUCUCUUCUUCAAUGCGAUACUGUCGAAACAGCGGGUGCGGAAGAGAGGAUCAGGAAAUCAAUCUAA